AACCUGCUGACCCUGAUAACAACUAACCUGCUGACCCUGAUAACUAACCUUCUGACUCUGAUAACAACUAACCUGCUGACCCUGAUAACUAACCUGCUGACCCUGAUAACAACCAACCAGCUGACCCUGAUAACAACUAACCUCCUGACUCUGUUAACAACUAAACAACUUUAAAUGUAAUUAAAAUAACCAGCAGCGGUUGCCUUCUUUGAAGAAGCGGAAUCUUUAUGCCUUUAUUGCGACUUUGUUAACACUAAACUUAAAUUGAGUGUCGUUGCAUUGUUACAAUGUUGCACAUUGCUCACUAGAUGGCACUAUAACAAAGUCGAUAGAGAAACUGAAUGAGUCUUCUGACAUAAUUUAUUAUAGCAGUUUUGUUAAGUAGGCAAUGCAGCUUCUUAACUUCUACGACAGCAAAUUAGAAUGCACGAGGUUUUGAAUUCUUUACAAAAGUAGGGGCAACUGCAUUUUUCCAGUACGCAUGAUUUUGUAUCCUUUCAGAAAGCAGGAAGCAACACGCUGUUAAUCGCAGUCAGACAGAUAACAGCAUUUCAUGGGAAGGUCAAUUCAACUACAUUGUUUACAAAGGUGUUUUGAUUGUGUCUUUCGGUGGCUACAAAUUCAUUGAAACGAAUGUCAGUGACUUUGGCCCGUGAUCUUGGAUUACCGAUGGACCAACAGGUUGGUGAAGAUCAUUCAUUGGCAUUUGAAAUAAAUCAGCACAAAUCCCAUGCUUGGAUGUGAUUCCACCACUGUGAGCCUGAUGUACCGGUUCUGAUGGCAGACCAUCUUCCCUCAGGGCUACUGGAAGCAUGUGUUGUUGUCGGAGCCUCUGGGGAUAAACUUAAGGAUGUCUACCAGUCUCUACAGCAGGGCAACAGCACAACAGACCUCCUUAUUUUAGACCCAGAGGUCUUGCAAGUCCACGUACCUCCGUUUGUGACCAAAGAGAAUGCAGAUGAGUCUGGUGUCCCCAGAACCUUCAGUCGAGUCCAGUGCAGACGCUCCUUCGUCAAGAAGAAGGAGAGGCGAGUGGUGGCUCCUAGUGGCCCUGGAGGGGCCGGGAGCAGUGAGGGGGCCACUGUCACGGAGGAUGUCAGCGUCCCCAAGGACAUCGACCUCAUGGCCCUGCCCCAACUCUGCUUUCCAGGUAGAGGGGGGCUUCAAGUAACAAAUGAACCAAAAGAAGAGCGUUUUCACUUUCUAGUCUUCACAGAUGUGUUCGGUAACCAAACCCAUGGAGUGGUUGUUCAGUGUUGUAGACCAUUUCAGGAAGGGUCAGUGUUCUAUCAGAAUGGACACUGGUCGUCCACCAGGACCACUAAGCUCUACACUGCUUUUGCCAUCUGUGUCAUAUCCAAGCAUCCUUAUUACAAUGCUCUGAAGGACUGUCUGUCUUGUUUGCUGGUGCAGCUUAGAUCAUGCAGGUUGUCUGAAGAGAGGGUGAAGGACUUUGCAGCCAAACUGUCUCUAGUGCCCAUUCCACCCCCUGGACAACUACAUGUGCUGUUCAACCUGAGACCCCUGAUGAUCGUACUGCCUUCCAGAGAGGAUAAGGAACACCCCGCUGUAGACCUGGACCUCCAUUUGCCCUUCCUGUGCUUUAGAUCCAAACAGAUUUUACAGAUCAUCACUGGUAUUCUAAUGGAGCAGAGGGUAGUGUUCUUCUCAGCUGACUGGGCCCGCCUCACCCUGGUGGCAGAGUGUUUCAUGUUCUACAUCCACCCCCUCCACUGGCAGCAUCCCUACGUGCCCAUCCUCUCAGCCCAGAUGCUGGACUUUGUCAUGGCCCCCACCGCCUUCCUCAUGGGCUGCCACCUCAACCACUUUGAGGAGGUCGCUGCGGAAACAGACGACCUGAUCUUGAUUAAUAUUGAUGAUGGAACAGUGUCUUCUUCCUGCUCAGAGACUGUCGACCUACCAGACGUCCCCUUCGUUUCUGCAGAGUGUUUUACCAAGCGGAGGAAGGGCCUUCAGCUACAACAUGAUCUAGAGGUGUGUCACCAAGGGGCCGGCACAGACGUUAAUGAGAUGCGCAUGCUGAGGAGACAAUGGCAGCAGAACCUGAACUGGGAGAUACAGAAGGUUACCUUGGAGCUCAUUGUCAACAUGUUCAGGGAUGUCAGUGGUCACCUGAACUAUGAACACCGAGUGUUUAACAGUGAAGAGUUCCUGAAGACCAGAGAGCUAGCUGACCUUCCCUUUUACAGAAAGGUCUUGGAGACACACAUCUUUCAUUCAUUCCUGAAGGACCGCCUCAAUAGGAAGAUGGAUGCUUUCACGCGCAUGGAAGUCAACACUCGCUCAGAGACACAGAAAAUGAAGGCGAUGACAGACAACCCCAGGAGGCCCACCAUGCAGGAAAUGGCCAGGAAGUAUAGCAGCGACCCAGAGAUCCGUCUGAACAAGAGGCUGGGGAUGAGCCUCCCCAACCUGGGAGAGGAACGCCAUCUCAACCUCCUCAGACAAACCUCCCUCAAGAAGACCAUUAUCCCUGAAAGUGCCUUCAAGAUCCCACCCAAGCCUGUGAAGAUCUUCAAGCUGCCAGAAUUUCCUCCUCCCAUGGUGCACCAUCAUGUCCAGAACUACUAUAGAGAGUUGAUCAUACUACUGGGGAAGGCCAUCUCCUGUGUUCCUCCUGAGAACUCCACCCUCCUGGCCAGGUACUUCUACCUGCGCGGCUUCAUGAACACGCUGUGUUCCAAGCGUCUUGACGCCCUCAGCGACUUCCAGAACCUCUACAAGACGGACAUCGAGAUCUUCCCCACCGACCUGGUAAAGGCGCUAGUGGACUCGCUGCAGAAGGACGAGUUCUCCCAGGUGGACCGGCGGCCAGAGCUCAAGCGGCUCAUCUUCAAGGUGAAGACAGACAACGAGAUGGUGCUGGUCCAAGCUGACGACCACGUGAAGAAGUUCCGGCUCCCUAAGACCCACAUGAUGCAGGAGGACUUUGUGAAGCGCAUCCAGGAAUCUGGGAUUGUGAAAGACGUCGCCACCAUCCAUAGACUGUUUGAGGCUCUCACUGUGGGGCAACAGAAGCAGAUUGACCCAGAGGUGUUCCGUGUGUUCUACACCUUCUGGAAGGAGACGGAGGUGGAGGCCCAGGAUGUUCACCUGCCAGCUGAGGUCAUGGAGCACCUGGACAACAACGAGUGUGUCUACAAGCUGUCCUGCUCCGUCAAAACCAACCAGGGAGUGGGUAAGAUCGCCAUGACACAGAAGAGGCUCUUCCUGCUCACUGACGGGAGGCCUGGGUUUAUCGAGAUCACCAAGUUCAGAGACAUAAAGGAGGUGAAAAUCUCCUUUGCUCCUUUCCUGCUGCUGAGGAUCCCGUCUCUGAAGAUCAAGUGCAGUCUGAGGAAGGAGGUGUUUGAGGCCAACCUGAAGUCUGCGUGUGACCUGUGGAAUCUCAUGGUCAGAGAGAUGUGGGCUGGGAGGACGAUGGCAGACGACCACAAGGAUCCUCAGUACAUGCAGCAGGCUUUGACUAACGUCUUGCUCAUGGAUGCUGUGGUUGGCUGCCUUCAGACCCAGAAGGCCAUAUUUGCCGCCUCCAAACUGGCAUACUUUGACAGAGUGAAACAUGAAGUUCCUGUGAUGGUUCCAAAGACAACAUUGGAGACGUUGAAACACAAGAUCAAUCCAUCACUAGACCUCCCAGCCCCACAGACUGUACAUGUCUUACUCUACACACCAGGUGAGGGGAAACAGACAGCUGACUCUCUAUUACUCUACACACCUGGUGAGGGGAAACAGACAGCUGACUUUCUAUUACUCUACACACCAGGCCAGUUGAGUUACUCGGAGGCAGACGGAGAUGGGAACCCCAAGCUGUGGUGUGCCCUCAGUGGUGGGAGGAUGGUUGUGUUUGAUGCAGCCAGCUGGUCCAUGCAGCAGAACUGUGUUCAAGUGGGAUCCUCCCAACUGAACUGCAUGCUGGGAUUGGACCAGGAUCAAGUAUGGAUUGGCUCCCAGGAUUCCAUCAUUUACAUAAUUGACACUCGCAGCAUGUCCUGCAAUAAGCAGCUGACAGAGCACAGGCAUGAGGUUAUGGACUUUGCCCUGGAGGAGAGUGACAAGAUGAGACAGACAUACUCCUGUAGUGCCGAUGGAACAGUCAUUCUGUGGGACCUCUCAACGCUAAAAGUGAAAAAGCAGUUUCAACUGACCUGUGAUAGGCUUAUGUCCAUUCAGCUCUUCAAUGGAACACUGUGGUGCUGUGCCAGAGACGGCAUCGUUGAACUGAGGAAGAACGGAACCCCACAUCGUAAGAUGACACUUCCUGAGGAUCUACGGAGCAUGCCCACUGAGUUCAGCAGCCUCAUCCUCUUCUUAGAGAGGGGCCAGUUGUGGACGAGCUGUUCUGAUUCUGACGAGCUCUGUCUCUGGCACUGUAAAGACCUGACCAAGCCUUUCCUGAGGGUGCGGCUGCAGAACUGUACAGGGGUCAACUGUAUGAUCAAGGUUAAGAAUCAGAUUUGGGUUGGCUGCAGCGGGCCGAGCCCUGACCAGUGCAGGAUGAGUGGGAAGAUCUACAUAGUGGACACAGAGAGCCACAGUGUAGAGAAGGAGCUGAUGGCCCACACAGACAGUGUCCAGGCACUGUGCUCUGCAGAGGGCCGCUAUGUACUCAGUGGCUCCGCCUGCCAGGAUGGCAAAAUCGCCAUUUGGAAGGUUGAGUAGAGGAUGAGUAGCCUGGUCCAGUAUCUGUUUGUGUGGUUUUGACAACUCUUUGAAGUGAAUAAAAUGUUUGGCACAACAAUGACAGGAGUUUCCUAAACAGCAGAAAUAGAUGUGGGACCAGGUUAGAGGAAGAGCGCUGCAGACCCUCAAACUCAACUCUGGACCUGGAAGCCAGUUCCACUGCUUUGUUCAUUGUUCCCCUCUAAUCAGGGACUGAUUUAGACCUGGGACACCAGGUGGGUGAUUCUCUUCUAAUCAGGGACUGAUUUAGACCUGGGACACCAGGUGGGUGAUUCCCCUCUAAUCAGGGACUGAUUUAGACCUGGGACACCAGGUGGGUGAUUCCCCUCUAAUCAGGGACUGAUUUAGACCUGGGACACCAGGUGGGUGAUUCCCCUCUAAUCAGGGACUGAUUUAGACCUGGGACACCAGGUGGGUGAUUCCCCUCUAAUCAGGGACUGAUUUAGACCUGGGACACCAGGUGGGUGAUUCCCCUCUAAUCAGGGACUGAUUUAGACCUGGGACACCAGGUGGGUGAUUCCCCUCUAAUCAGGGACUGAUUUAGACCUGGGACACCAGGUGGGUGAUUCUCUUCUAAUCAGGGACUGAUUUAGACCUGGGAC